CGUGCGCGUCGUCCAUACGCUGGAAAAAGUGACAACAGUUUAGUCGUUUUAUUGUACCCCUUAGUCUUUUUGCUGAAACAUAUUAGAAAGUAGGUAUCGUUUAAACAAUAUUUUAUUUACGAAACAUAGUGCGCAAAGUCGACCAAGUGCGGUUGUAUUUGUUUUUAAUUAAAGGGUUGAAUUAUCGGUUGAAUAUCUUAUAAUCGACGGUUUCGCAUCUCAAAAUAAGUAUCGAUAUGAGUACAACCACGGCUGCGGCCGCUGCGAAAAUGACCAGCACCACGGCUGUAGCCAUAAGUCUAGUGUUGUCCAGUUGCGUUAUAGCAAAUGCUUUUCGUCAAAAGAAACAAUUUUACCCAUCAGUCGUAUAUAUAUGUAAAUCCAAUCCAAGUAUGGCAAUAAUGUAUAUGCAAGCUUUAGUGGCUGUCUAUUUAAUCGGAAAAUUAACCGGUAAAUUAUUUUUUGGCUCAUUACGCCCUGCAGAAUCAGAGCGUUUAAUUGAAAAGGCCUGGUACGCUGUGACAGAAACAUGUUUAGCAUUUACUAUUUUUAAAGAUGAUUUGAGUCCCAAAUUUGUAGCUCUAUUUACUUUAUUAUUAUUUUUAAAAUGUUUUCAUUGGUUGGCAGAGGAUCGAGUAGAUUAUAUGGAACGUACUCCAGUUAUUUCAUACAUAUUUCAUUUGCGCAUAUGGUUGCUAUUAGUUAUCUUAACUUUGGGUGACAUAUAUUUUGUUCAUGAUGCAUAUACUACUACAAUGGCCAAAGGCCCAUCGGUGCAAUUAGUAUUUGGAUUUGAAUAUGCAUUACUCAUCACAUUAGCAGCUAAUGCUGCCUUUAAGUAUGUAUUGCAUGCAGUUGAUGUACAUAGUGACACCUUUUGGGAAAGUAAAGCUGUCCUCCUGCUAUACCUUGAAUUUUUUAUUGGGUUGUGUAAAGCUGUGAUGUAUGUGGUUUUCCUUAUAAUCAUGGUACGAACAUACACAAUACCACUAUUUGCUUUUCGACCAAUGUAUCAUACACUAAGAAAUUUCAAAAAAGUAUUCCAAGAUCUUGUACUUUCUCGUAGAGCAAUACAUAAUAUGAAUACUUUAUACCCGGAUGCUACGUUACAAGAUUUACAAGCCAUUGAAAAUGUGUGUAUUAUAUGCCGGGAAGAUAUGACAGCUGCAGCUGCAAAAAAAUUGCCUUGUAAUCAUAUAUUUCAUACAUCAUGUCUACGUAGCUGGUUCCAACGUCAUCAAACUUGUCCAACUUGUAGAUUAGAUAUUUUACGCCCAACGCCUUCGACAACUCAGAAUUCUAAUGUUCCUACACCAGUAACACCAACACCUGACAGGACAGCCCAGGAAACACCAUCAACUGAAGCAGCUGCAUCAUCUUCUGCCACUGAUAAUAGUCGUGGGCCAUCUACUAGUAAUCAUACACAUGUACCAUCAAAUCAAGCAGGAAGUAGUGGAAGCUCCUAUUAUAAUCAAACACCACUGCAGUAUCAAUUUAGACCAUAUACAUUUCAACAACGAUCAACUUCUGUUGAUGAAAUUAAUGGAAACAACAGUGAUAAUUCAAAUAGUGGUAUACCUGAAUCAAAUAAUAUGAAUGAAUCAUGGAUAGCAUUUAUGAAUGCAGCAGGAAUAGGUGGUGGAAUUGGACCAUCAUCAUUGUUCAAUGAUAUGCCACAAACAUCCUCCAAUUUACCAUUUACAAACAUACCACAGAUUCCACUUAAUUUACCAUUUGUUGGUGGAAUCGCAAUUCAGCCACCAAAUAUACCUCCUAACUUGGAUACACUAUCAGAUGAAGAAUUACGUCUAAUGGAGCAAAAUACAAGACAAGGAUGUUUAGCACGUAUUAAAUACAUUACUGAUAUAAAAUGUAUGCUGGACGCUGCUGUUGUGAUGAUGAAUCAGUAUUCAUCAGCAUGUCUUAUGGCUGGUCUCGAUAGUACGGAUUCAACUUUUAACAGUGAAACUAAAACUUCGGAUACUACAGAAAAUGAUGAGCAAUUAGAAACUAGACCACCCAGUAAUAUUUCUUCUGAAACUGAUUCUAGUACCGGUAGUGGAGUUACUAGUAGCAGCAGUGGCAGUGAAGAUCAAUUGAUCCAAGAAGAAACUGAACAGCAGCGAAUUAUUAGGUUAAAAAGGUUGGAGAAAUUUGGAAGCAAUUCCACGUAACUUUUGUAAACAAAUAUCUAAGUAUCCCAUAAUGUGAUGAAAAUGUUGUACUAAGUAUUAUUAUUAGUUUAUAUUAUAUAACUGAUAGAGAGGGUCAAUAUUUAGUUUAUUUCUUCAACUAUUCUAUCAUUUUGUAACAUCUGUGUUUAAGUUAUUUUUUUUAAGAUAUGUAGUUGAAUUCAAGUUUUGUUGUUUUCAUUUAUUGCAUAUUUUUGCUUUAUUUAUGCAACCAUAUAUGUAGCUUAUUUGCCAAUGUCUAGUGGAAAGUUAUUGUAUAAAGGUAACUAAAUAGGAAUAGCUAUGAUUUUUAAUUAAAAAAGAUAAUUUUCAAUGAAUUAUAAGGUUAUAUCAAACUACUAAUUACAUCAUUUAAAAAUUGUAUUCUAUAUUUAUAUACAUCUGUAUUAUUUUAUAAGUUAAUGUUUUAAGGUCUAAUAAAAUGUAAAUUUCUUAUGAAUGUAUUAAAACUGUCCAUGUUAUACUUAAUAGUUAAUAUCAUAAAAUCAAAUGCAAUUGUUCCAGUUAUCAACAAUAAAAUAUACAACUUCUAUGGCGGUAUCAUACUAUUGUUA